AUGUUGCAUAUACCCAUUCAAUUUUUAGAUGAGCAGAUCCAAGUUAUGAAAAAGUUUACAAUUAACAGUCAGUUAAGUGACACUGACUCAGGACGCUUUUCUGGUGGAGCAACAUCUUCAGACUCUUCAUUUAGGGUGCAGGACCCAUGCAAUGCUCUGCUAAUAAAGAUAUCAAUCCCCUUUUUGUCGAAGCAAGUGUACGCGUCUGCUUUGUCAAAGGCUCUGGUGAAUCACGUAAAACAGAAGCUGCUGGACGAAUUUGGGAAUCAGAUUACUGAUAGUAUUAACUACGGUCUUUUUAUUCCACCUGCUAAUGGAAGAAAUGGCAAAUUUCUCGAAGAAGAUCGUCCAAUAUCAGCAUAUGUUACCGAUGAAUCUAGCUGUGUCCUAGAAGCCGCCUUGCUUGGCCGGACAGACCAAAUUAAUUUACUGAUUAUGUACGGCGCAGAUGUAAAUGCACGGUCCCAUUCCCGUCCUGAAAUGGAUCCGCCUGGUCGUCCCGCUCUUCCUAGACGCACAACCAAGUCACAAAACUCGGGGACUCAGUCAUCUGCUACCCAACUACGCCUCAACCAAAUACUCGGCUGUGGCCGUGAAACACCUCUGCACUACGCAGCCAUCGCCGGUCAGUGCGCGACAGCUAGACGUUUGCUCUACUGGGGUGCUGACCCAACACUCACUAACGACAAAGGUCGCACUCCCGUUGAAGAGGCUCGUCUUCAUGGUAAUCAUGAGGUGGCUGAAAUUAUCCGCAACUUUCGGGCCGGGACUGGUGGAGGGGGAAAGAAUUUUGGAGCAUCUGAAGGGAGCAUCUGUGGCCCAUUCCUCCCAGCACCCACAUACAAUCAAAAGCGUAAGCCGAUGACAGCACCGCUGCAGAUUUCACCCCUUGAUGAUUACGUAAGCCUAACCGUGCUUGGCGCCGAGCGCAAAGGACCAUCUCGCAGUGUCACGAUGCCUUUUCCCGUGAGUCCCGUGCACAUCAAUCCCGCGGGAGCAGAUCACAGUCGACUGCAGAGCACCCUCGACGGCACCACUCGACGCCUUUCCCCCACUUCCACCUCUUCGCCUUACCACGGACUCCGUGGAAGGGCCUCUUCAGAUGGGGAUCUGCUUCGAUCGUUGGAGGAGGAGGAAGAAGAAGAGGGGCAAGAAAAGGCGAGAGCAGGAUGCGGUGUUCAGUCUUCACGGGAAAGACGAAACUCACGACGCACUCGACGACAAAGGGUUGCUCGUGGCUACGCGGAUUGUGUCAAGAAAAAUGGUCGCUCAUUAAGCCAGAACUGCAACAGGAAGUGCCUAAAGAGUUGGAAAUCCUCUCACACUCUGAAUGAAGAUUCAGCCUUGGAGGAGGAGGCGGCUGAUGUCAUGCCAGCCAUGCCUCUAAGAGGUGGCGAAUUCCGAUUCACCAGUGGUCAGCGCGGAGAGGAUGCAGCCAGGGCCUUGAGACGGUCCAAAACGGCGCCCUUUGCGAAUCCCUGCUCUGAACGGCCGCGAUCUUCCCAGGACACGUCCCUCACUGUUGGGCAGUUUGCACGCAGAGAGCGGAUAUCGACAGGACAGACUUUGGGUCACCAGAGUCAAGAAAACGCCCCUAUUCCGACAAAUCCCUUCUGUCCUGUCUCGGUGUCCCCUCGUCCAGUGUCCCCACGUCAACGCAACUCACACCAUUUCGCGAGGUCGCCCGUGAAGGCAGGUGACCUGUCAGGGGCCUGUUCACCCACACAAUCACCCGCGCAUGCGGACCUGGUGGGUGGCACGAGUGCCAACAGAGAGGGCGGUGCUGGGGUCGCGCGCACUGUGGUCCUGCACAAAGCCUAUUUGCCUGAUGCCCCACGGAUUCCAACGCUCGGCCUCACUCUACGGACUGUGCAGAACACAUCUGCUGUCCAACGUUUCGUGCCAAGCCAAGCCAAGCCAAGUCUUCAGUUGAUUAAGCAAGUUAAACCUGCGAGCCCUGCCUUCAACGCCGGCCUACGUGAAGGCGACUAUGUCAUUAAGAUAAACCAUGUUGACGUGAGUCGUGCCUGUCACACUGAAGUGGUCAAUCUGCUCGACACCUUGAAGUCCAACUCCGUGGUCCUUGAAGUGGUCAGGCCCAUCCAUGCUGCUUCCUGCUUGAGACCCCAAGAUGCCCAAGGUGGCCGCACAAACGCCCCCAUCUCCUGUCAGGGCAAAAUAGGACCUGCCCCCCCAAGGGGGGUACAACGCAGUGUGAGCAUGGUGGGACGGUUCACGCAUAAAAACGGCCCCGCCCCCUACUCCCCCAUGCUGCCAAUGCCCGCCCUGCAAGGCCGUUGUGUGUCACCCGGGGAAAGCAGUGUUUCGAGCACCGAUGAAGCUUUUUGCAGUCAGUCCGUCAGUCGAACAAGCAGCCUCAUAACGAGUCCACCGCCUCAAGCCGUCGACCGUCGAACUAGCAACCGCGGCGCUAACCCUCCCCCAUACGUUCACACACCCGCCGACUACAGGAUUAGACACCAGUUCCCCACUGCUACUUACGCAGUUGCGUCCCGACAAAAAUUGCUCCCAGACAAGGCCAGUCUUCGACAAAUGCAAAAAUCACACACCAUUAAUUCAUUCAGUGAGAGUGUUGGUGUAGACACAUCCAGUCUGAGUUCAAACACGGCUGCAUCGGUCUCCCUGAGUCCACCUACCCGCCACAAUUUACAAAGUUUCUACGCAAACAAUCGUCCGACUUCCACCGGUCGCCCCGUCCACUCGGUUCCCCAGCCACCCCUCCGAUUCCUCCCUCACUACUCCUCCCCCAUUCGCGGGGUUCAGGAGACAGGCAGGCUGCGGAGACGCGACAAGGGAGCUCGCCACUUCACUGACCACGUACGACCCCUUUCGAUGACCAGUGAUGGGGGCGGUGUGAGUCCCACGGUGAAUGCAGGUUCUGCGGCGGUUAAAGGCGGCGUCCCUCGAUCGUCUUCUGCCAUGUCAGCGAACACACCGCCGCCACAAGGCGGCAGCUUCGAUCCUAAUGACUUGGUGCUCCCGCCUCCAGAAGAGUUUUGUUGUUGA